AUGGCGGAGGAUCAGGUCUGGCGUGGGGUGGGAUGGGGAAUGGAGGGAGUGCGACACAGGGAGAAUCAGCAGAGACAUGCAGGAGGACGGGUGGACGAGGAAAUAGAGAGUGCGGCGAGUGCGCUCCCUAUGCAGAGGCAUCAUCCACGAGCGGCGGAGAAUCCUGCUGCGGUGCAUGCAGAGGAACUAGAGGAUGGUGAAUGGGUGGCUGUGGAGACGGAACUGGCGGGACUGGAGAAUGCGGGGCCCCAGGUUUUCGAGGAGACGGAGCGAGGGUUUGAGGAGGCUGGCGACCGCAUCGCAGCUGGCGGCAGGGUGCAUACCACAGCAGAGCUAAUGCGGCGUUUGACGUUGGUGGCAAGGUCCGUGGCCAGGACUUCGUCGGAGCAACGUGUUCGUUUCAGCGACUGCAUGGCAGAGAUUCGCGAGUUUGGGUUGCAGAUGCAGAAUUGGGACAUGCGCCAUAUGCAGGACUACGAUGAUCUAACUCACGAGUACCACGAGCUCAAGGCUGAGGUGGUCCGGGAACGCAACGAGCUAAACCAAUUGCGUGCUGCUGUUUCGACCUCUGUCGCCGAGGCACGAGUGGCAGCAGCUGAUGCGGGUCGUGCAGCUGCAGCAGCGGCUGUGGGAGCAUUGCAGGAAAAGUUAGAGGGUUUUUUCGAGAACUUAGGGGUGAAGCUGAAGAGUGUGGUUGAGCAGGUGAUAGAGCGAUCGUCGCUGGAGGCCACGAUCACAUCCAGCUCCAUGGAACACCUGCAAGCAGCUAUUGACAACAGUGUAUACACAACGGGCGCUGGUGUGGCAGAUAUUGACUUGUCUGAACCAGUGAGGAGAAACUGGAGAGAGACGUACGCAGCAAAGAAAGUGCAGAAAGAGAAGGAGAAGGAGAGCGUGGAGAGGAGGACGGCUGAAGCGCGGAAGCGGCAAGCAAUUCAGACGGCGCAAGUGGCGGCUGCAAAGAAGAGGCGGGCUGAGAGCGGGUUGGGAAAUACGAGGGUGGAGGACCGGCCUGGGACUGUUAGCAGCGGGAGAGUGAUGGAAAACCAACCGGCGGGUACAGCCGCCGAGGCAAGGAUGGUGGAACGCGAAAAGGAGGAUAAGCGGCGGAGAGAGGAGCAAAAAAGGGAGGAGGCGAGGAAGGUGGAACGCAAAAAGGAGGAGAAGCGGCAGAAGGAGGAGGAGCGGAAAAGGGAGGAGGCGAGGAAGGCGGAACGCGAAAAGGAGGAGAAUCGGCAGAAGGAGGAGGCGAGGAAGGCGGAACGGGAAAAGGAGAAGCGGCAGAAGGAGGAGCGGAAAAAGGAGGAGUCGAGGAAGGCGGAACGCGAAAAGGAGGAGAAUCGGCAGAAGGAGGAGGCGAGGAAGGCGGAACGCGAAAAGGAGAAGCGGCAGAAGGAGGAGGAGCGGAAAAAGGAGGAGGCGAGGAAGGCGGAACGCGAAAAGGAGGAGAAAAGGAGGACGAGGAGCAAGAGGGAGGAGGCGAGGAAGGCGGAACGCGAAAAUGAGGAGAAGCGGCGGAAGGAGGACGAGGAGCGGAAGAGGGAGGAGGCAAGGAAGGCGGAACGCGAAAAGGAGGAGAAGCGGGGGAAGGAGGACGAGGAGCGGAAGAGGGAGGAGGCGAGGAAGGCGGAACGCGAAAAUGAGGAGAAGCGGCAGAAGGAGGACGAGGAGCGGAAGAGGGAGGAGGCGAGGAAGGCGGAACGCGAAAAGGAGGAGAAGCGGCAGAAGGAGGACGAGGAGCGGAAGAGGGAGGAGGCGAGGAAGGCGGAACGCGAAAAGGAGGAGAAACGGCAGAAGGAGGACGAGGAGCGGAAGAGGGAGGAGGCGAGGAAGGCGGAACGCGAAAAGGAGGAGAAGCGGCAGAAGGAGGACGAGGAGCGGAAGAGGGAGGAGGCGAGGGAGGCGGAACGCGAAAAGGAGGAGAAACGGCAGAAGGAGGACGAGGAGCGGAAGAGGGAGGAGGCGAGGGAGGCGGAACGCGAAAAGGAGGAGAAGCGGCAGAAGGAGGACGAGGAGCGGAAGAGGGAGGAGGCGAGGGAGGCGGAACGCGAAAAGGAGGAGAAGCGGCAGCAGGAGGACGAGGAGCGGAAGAGGGAGGAGGCGAGGGAGGCGGAACGCGAAAAGGAGCAGAAGCGGCAGCAGGAGGACGAGGAGCGGAAGAGGGAGGAGGCGAGGAAGGCGGAACGCGAAAGGGAGCAGAAGCGGCAAGAUGAAGAAGAGGAGCAGAAGAGGGAGGAGGCGAGGAAGGCGGAACGCGAAAAGGAGGAGAAGCGGCAGAAGGAGGACGAGGAGCGGAAGAGGGAGGAGGCGAGGAAGGCGGAACGCGAAAAGGAGGAGAAGCGGCAGAAGGAGGACGAGGAGCGGAAGAGGGAGGAGGCGAGGAAGGCGGAACGCGAAAAGGAGGAGAAGCGGCAGAAGGAGGACGAGGAGCGGAAGAGGGAGGAGGCGAGGAAGGCGGAACGCGAAAAGGAGGAAAAGCGGCAGGAGGAGCGGAAGAGGGAGGAGGCGAGGAAGGCGGAACGCGAAAAGUAG